CAAAGCUGCAGAGUGUGGAUGUGGGAAUGGAUAGGAGUCCGGCUGCGGUGGAUCUGAGGGACCGUGGAGGUUGAUAAGGAGUGAGAAGCAAAGCAGAAGUGGCAUAUCACCGACUUUAUAGCAGCUGAUCCAAAGCAUCAAGAGCAAAACCAUCCCAACAUCUACAGAACUACGGAUUUGAGGAAACAGCUGAAUGAUGAGUGCUGCUCAAACACUGGCGUCCAGACUGAAGGCCCUGCAGUGCCACUUCACCUGGGACCUUGACCUCAGCAGGUCCUUACUUUUACGUUGUAGGGACAACUUGUUAGACAUUAGUACAGAUAAUGGAAACAGAUGGCUGGGUCACAUCUACAACCUGCGAGGGUUCAUUCAGUACAAGCUGGGAUCCAAUGAAGACGCCCAACGUUUCUUCAACAAGGCUACAGAGGCCUUCAAUAAGAUGAGAAACGCAGAUGAGGGCCCCUGGUUGGUGGUGAACUACGGGAACCUGGCUUGGCUGCACCACCAACUGGGAGACCAAGCAGAGAGCGAGGCCUACCUGUCAAAAGUCGACGCCCUGAAUGAAAAAUACCCAUCUCCAUCCCAGGAGGAGCUCCACCCAGAGAUCUACGCUGAAAAAGCCUAUACGCUGAUGACGUUUAACGGCGACAUGAACCUGGUUGCCGAUUACUUCCAGAGAGCCAUCGAGAUGCAGCCGGACAUGGUGUGGAACAGCUGGCAUGUCUUAGCGUUAACGUAUGCUUCUAAGUACAGCAGCACAGGGCUGGAUGAUGACAUCUUUCAGAAAAUGAGAAUUGUCCAAGAACAGGAUCCAGAGAACUUGAACCUUGCUGCUCACUACCUUUGUCAACGUGCUCAGAAAGGAGAAAGUAUUGAAGAUGAAGCACGUGAGUUAGCCACAAAGGUUUUGGGAAGUCCUGUCGGCAGCUACAGUGGUUUAAAAACCUUGCUAUGGGUUUACAGAAAAUAUAUAUCUGAUGAUGAGGCCAUUGAUUUGGCAGAGGAGGCUCUGAAGAACCAUCCAGAUGAGCGUUAUCUGAAGAGACGUGCUGCUCUCUGCUACCAAAAGAGGGUCCUUCGCAGAAACAGUCCCUCAACGAAAAGCAUGCUAGACAGAGCAGUCAGUCUUCAUCAGGAGGUGAUUCUUCUUUACCCUGAUUCCUCACUUAAGAAGAAACUACACCUUGCCUGGAUAUACCCACAGUCACAUGAUGGUCAGGCUAAAGCCGAGCAGAUAUAUCAGGAACUGUUCAAAAGUUAUCUGGAACCUGAAGAUAAACAAAUGCUUUACAACUACUAUGCACAAUAUUUAUAUUUCCAAAAACAGGAUCACAAAAUGUCACUACAAUAUCACAUGGAGGCAGCAAAGAUACAGCACCAAUCCUUCUUUCGUAAGAACAGCAUCAAAGUUCUGGAGAAGAUUAGAGACAAAGGCAGACACAGAAUGUGUGGAGAAAUAAGAACGUUUCUGGCAAACCUGCCAGAGCCAUAGUGUUCUUAACAGCACAGGGAGAACAAUCAGAAAAAAACAUAGGUAUUGCACUGCCUAAAAAUAAUCUAUACUUAUUGAUUGAGCUGUGUACUUUAAAGGCAGUUUCAACAAGUGUCUGCACAUAAG